UAGCAUACUCAGCCUCGAAUUAUGCGCCUAUUGACAGGUUUACGGGAAUAUAAGUGGUUAGACCUCAAGGAAAUCAUCACUCGCUGGUCGAUUGGCAGCCAGAACAUGUGGUAACCGACUGGUCUUCUCAGGUCUAAGCCAUGCACUCCUAAUAGCUCCAGCUAACCAGUCUCGGCAACUGUACCCUCCCAACCCCGCUUACAUUAGUUUACAGAUCUCUAAGCGCUGGGUAUUAUCAUGAUCACCUCAACCCCACCCAGCUGUAGAACAGAAAACCCUGAGAUUGUUUGCUACCUCUGUACUUUAUAUCAGAAAUUCCCCGUUUCCGUCGUACCUCUUCAUACCAUAUUUUUUCCCUGUCCCUACUGAAACCAACCAUGGACCUUGACGAUCCACCCAUAGAGCUUACUCCCUCUCCCAUGCGCGUCCUUGUGCAAACACUCACUCACCUCGUUCCGUCGGACAAUCUUAUCGCCAAUGGUGAACCAUACGGUGACAAGCUACUCUCCAUGCUCGACCGAACCUGCAAGCAUGUUUGGGAUUUUCCAUAUGAACCAGGCCUGCAACGCUGGUACUCCUACGGCGACGAGUUCGGCUACAACAACCGGGUGUGCUUUUUCCUACUGGACUAUGGCACUGCUCCGAACGGCAAUGAUGAGGAGGUUCCGAUCCAGUGUUUUACGUGGGAUGGAGAGAAGUUCAUACCCAAGCCCGAGCUCCUCCAAAGCGAGGAUGUUCAAGCAGAGUUGAAGGAGGUACCGUUUACACCAGGUCCUUCCGACCGUGGGGAGAUACCGCCGAUGCGGGAUAUAGUGCGGCGGAGGCUACGGAAAGCACAGUUUUUGUCGAAACGAGAGCUUGACUAUAUGGCGGAGCAUCCGGAGGAUCAGGAGUGGUUGCAGAGAAAGGUUCGCCCAAAACCUGGGCGAACCUUUUGGAGCAGAUGGAAAGGAGAGGAAAGCAGAAUGAGGAUGAGAAGGGAGGGGAAGAUUAUGUGGAGCAACAACAAUGAAGAACACGAAGGAGAAGUGCAUUCAGGCUAUGUAUAAUUCUGUAGGCGUUGGACGGCGUUGGUUCUUGCUAUGUCGCUGAUGGUCAUGAAAAUUGUCCUGCGAGGGGGGAGCAAAAGGUGGAUCGCGCUACUAAGUAUGCUCGAGCCAAUUCGGGGACCAGCUUCGUUCGUGAUUGGUCCGAGAAAAGUAUGUACCAACAGCUACUGGUGAAGAUUAGCCAGGUGGAUCAAGCGGUGCGUUACUGUAAGUGCUUGCAUACACUAUAAUUUGACAUUCCCGCGUUAGUGGCGAGUUGUGAUAUCGGAAUACUGGAUCAUGUGGGACAUCUAGCCAAUGAAGACAAGAAGCUCAGGCGUGGAUCAGGCACAGUGUGAAUAGAGGAAAUAAAACUCAUCAUCGUAUAAUUAGCUUGUGAUGUCUACUGAAU